UCCCAAGCCGCGCUGAUCCUUCACUCUCGGGCACCGAGCUGGAGUCGCCCCGCUGCCCGCCCUUCAUCGCCGGCCACCUGCCUCCCCGAGAAUAACCCAGCGGCGGCGUCCGGAGACGAGAGACGCCCCCCCCGCACCGAGCGGCUCCUCGCGCCCACCGCCCCUCCCUCACCGUCUGCGCGCGCCGCGCGCGCCUGGCGACGCGCGUCUGUUGUCGUUACCGGGAGCCCCGCGGCGGCGCCCUCCGCUCCACACCGGGCUCCGCCGUCAGAGGAGCCACUUGCAUGGACGCGCCAUGGCCACGUUUGUGUGCCGGGUUCAGUUUUUGGACGACACCGAUCCGUUCAACAGCACCAACUUUCCGGAGCCGACCAGACCGCCGGUGUACACGUUCAGAGAGGACAUCCCCCUCAUCAACCAGCUAGCGGGCGUCCACAGGCUCCUCAAGGCUCCGCACAAGCUUGAUGAUUGUGCACUUCAGCUCUCCCACAAUGGCACCUAUUUGGACCUGGAGUCCUCUCUGGCGGAGCAGAGGGACGAGCUGGAGGGUUUUCAGCAGGAUGACACAGGGUUCCGAGGGAAGAAGCACAGCGUUGUUUUACGGACCCAGCUGACCGUCCGCGUGCACGCCUGCAUCGAACGCCUGUAUAACUCCAGCGGGCGCGACUUGCGAAGGGCAUUGUUCUCGCUCAAGCAAAUUUUUCAGGAUGACAAAGAUCUGGUCCACGAGUUUGUGAUGGCUGAAGGCCUGACCUGCCUCAUUAAGGUGGGAGCAGAAGCCGACCAGAACUACCAGAACUACAUAUUACGAGCUCUGGGACAGAUCAUGCUGUACGUGGAUGGGAUGAACGGCGUCAUUGGUCAUGAUGAGACAAUCCAGUGGCUGUACACUCUCGUAGGCUCAAAGUUCCGUCUGGUGGUGAAAACCGCUUUGAAGCUGCUGCUAGUGUUUGUGGAGUACACCGAGUCCAACGCUCCGCUGCUCAUACAGGCCAUCGCCUCUGUGGACACCAAGACAGGUUGCAAACCAUGGUCUAACGCAAUGGAGAUCUUACAGGAGAAGGAUGGGGUGGACACAGAGUUGCUGGUCUAUGCAAUGACCCUCAUCAACAAGACACUUGCAGCUCUGCCUGACCAGGAUUCCUUCUAUGAUAUGGUGGAUGGCCUAGAGGAGCAGGGAAUGGAGACAAUAUGCCAAAGGCACCUGGGGCGGAAAGGAACUGAUCUCGAUUUAGUCGAGCAGCUCAACAUUUAUGAGACGACCCUACGGCACGAGGACGGUGACGACGACAGCCAGCCGCCGCCGCCGGGCCGCCGGGACCGCCGCCGAGUCAGCAUCGGGGGCGGGGACAAACAGCGCGGCCUGGAGCGAAGGAGGAGCCGCAGGGCCUCCCUCGGCCGCUCGGGCCACGCCUCCCCCUGCAGCCCCGCCUCCCCGCAGAGAGCUGGCCUCCAGCCGUUCAGCGGACAGAGGGCGGAGGACGUGAGCGAGAGAGCACUGUCAGGGUUCCUUCCGUCCAUAGAGGAGGAGUGGGAGGUUGAGGUAGAGAAUGUGGAGGAAGAGCAGGCUCCCGUGACGGAGUCUGAUUCGGACGAGCAGGAGGUGCCUGUUCAGUCCAGGGAACCUCCACCCGUCACUCACAGAACCACCAUCCAGUCCAUCACCAUCACUUCCAGAAAGGAGCGCAUAAACGAGUCGGAGCAGAGGACUCAGACCGACUCGCAGCCCCCGUGCGUCCCCGCCUCCCCCCCUCCCGUCUCCUCCCCCCUCGCCCCCCCGGCCCAGCCCUCGCUCCUGGCCACGCUGCUGGCCAGGAAGAGGUCCCUCGUCACCGUCCCGGCCGCCGCGGAGGUCGGCCCGCCGCCGCGCGGCAGCUCGCGGGCCUCCCCCGCCCUCCCCUACCUCCCCCACUCGCCCUUCCACCUCUUCUCCUACGACCUGGACGAGGACAAGUCGCCUCCCGACGCCAAACCCGGCCCGGCGUCACCCGAAACCACCCCUCCCACCAGGAAUGGAGGUCUCAGGCCCUCGAGUACACCCACCAGCCCCAGACAUGCAAUCGGGGGCCUUCUGUCUUCUUCCUAUCGGCAACACCAGGAGUCUCUGGCAGCCGAGCGAGAGCGCCGCCGUGUGGAGAGAGAGGAGCGGCUGCAGAGGAUAGAGCGAGAGGAGAGGAACAAGCACAGCCGGGACUAUGUGGAUAAAAUGGAAGAGGCCCGGCUCGCGCGGGAGGAGAGGUAUAAGAACGUGGAGCGUCUGGCAGCAGAGGAGUUCGAGAAGGAGCACGUCCGGGCGUCAAGGACUCGCCCCGACCCCGACCUGACCUUUGAGCCGUCGGAGGCCUGGCCCUCGUCGUCGCGCAGCAGCACCCCGUCUUCCUUCGCCUCGCAGGAGGACGCGGAGGCCGAGCUCGAAGCCGGGGGCGCCGCCGUCGCCUACGCGCCCUCCGAGACCGGAGAAGUUGAUGACUUCAGUGCCAGCGUAGAAGCAGAGGACAAAGAGGCCGAAGCCACCGCCGAAGAGGCCGAGGAGCGGAAAGCGGAGGAGGAGGAGGAGGAGGAGGAGGAGCGGGAGGAGACGCGAGUGGAGAAGGAAUCGGACGCAGACGAACCUGAGCGGGAGCCGGGAAAGGAGCGGGAGGAGGCGGAGGAGGACAGCGGCAUCCUGAGCGACAAGGAGCGGCAGAAUGAGGAGGUGAACGAGAAGGACAACUGCUCUGCCUCCAGCAUCUCCUCGGCCAGCAGCACCCUGGAGAGAGAAGAGAGGGGCGCCGACGGCUCGAAGGCAACGGGCGUGAAUGAGCAGUGCAACAAGCUCCUCAACAGCAAGCUCUUCAUGUUGGACAUGCUGUACUCCCAGAACAAGAAGGCCAGUGACGAGGAGGAGGAGGAGGACGGCGAGAAGGAGGAAGAAAAAGGGGAGGGCGAAAAAGUGCGGGAGGAGAAGGAGCGGAAGCGGGACGAGGCCGAGGCCGAUGGCGCCGAGCCGUCGGAGCAGCGAGGCAGCAUCCGGCCGCUCGCCGAGCGCUUCGGGGACCUGAUCAAGGACCUGGGCUCGCCCCGGCCGCCCCCGCCGGACGGGCCGGCCGGCGAGCCUCCCCCCGCGCCUCCCCCGCCCCCGAAAAAGGAGUCGGACACCAUCUGGGACCAGCUGCUCGCCAGCCCCAGGGAGCUGCGCAUCGGCGACAUCAACUUCACCGACCUGACGGAGGCCGACGACAAGGACGCCCUGGACGCGGUGAUGACGGGCGGCUUCGGCGACCUGCCGCCGCCGCCGCCGCCGCCGCCGCCGCCGCCCUUCGUCCGCCACUUCCCUCCGCCCCCGCCCAUCCUGGGCUGCUGCCCCCCGCCGCCGCCGCCCAUGGGGGCUCCGAGGCCUCCGCCGCCUCCCUCGCUUAGCUCUUCGAUUCCCGCGCCCCCUCCCCCAGAGCCGCCUGCGUUCAACAAGAAGAAGAAGACCAUCAGGCUGUUUUGGAGCGAGGUGCAUCCGACAGACUCUCCGUACAGAGAGUACAAGGCGAGCGGGGACUCCUUCUGGUCCAAGCUGGACUCAGUGAAGGUGGACACAGCUAAACUGGAACACCUGUUUGAGUCCAAGUCCAAAGAAAUACCCGUUACAAAGAAAACAGCGGCAGACGGCAAGCGGCAGGAGAUCAGCGUGCUGGACUCCAAGAGGAGCAACGCCAUCAACAUCGGCCUGACCGUGCUGCCGCCUCCUCGCACCAUCAAGACGGCCAUCCUCAACUUCGACGAGUACGCGCUCAACAAGGAGGGCAUCGAGAAAAUCCUGACGAUGAUCCCGACCGAGGAGGAGAAGCAGAAGAUUCAGGAGGCCCAGCUGGCCAACCCCGACGUCCCGCUGGGCUCGGCGGAGCAGUUCCUCCUCACCCUGUCCUCCAUCAGCGAGCUCACCGCCAGACUGCAGCUGUGGGCCUUCAAGAUGGACUACGAGGCAACGGAGAAAGAAGUGGCGGAGCCGCUGCAGGAUCUGAAGGAAGGCAUGGAGCAGCUGGAGAAGAACAAAACCCUCCGCUACAUCCUCUCCACUCUACUCUCCAUCGGAAACUUCCUCAAUAACACCAACGCCAAAGGUUUCGAGCUGACGUACUUGGAGAAGGUUCCUGAGGUGAAGGACACUGUCCACAAGCAGUCCCUGCUGCAUCACGUCUGCUCCGUCGUGGUGGAGAACUUCCCUCAGAGCAGCGACCUCUACUCCGAGAUCGGCGCCGUCACGCGUUCUGCUAAAGUGGACUUCGACCAGCUGCAGGAGAACCUGUGCCAAAUGGAGCGCCGCUGCAAAGCAUCGUGGGACCAUCUGAAGGUCAUCGCCAAGCACGAGAUGAAGCCGCAGCUGAAGCAGAAGAUGUCGGACUUCCUCAAAGACUGCGCUGAGAGGAUCAUCAUCCUCAAAAUCGUCCAUCGCAGGAUCAUUAACAGGUUCCAUUCGUUCCUGCUGUUCCUCGGCCACCCAGCCUACAGCGUGAGGGAGAUCAGCGUCCACAGGUUCAGCAAGAUCAUCAGCGAGUUCGCCCUGGAGUACCGCACCACCAGAGACCGCGUGCUGCAGCAGAAGCAGAAGCGGGCCGACCACCGCGAGCGCAACAAGACACGGGGGAAGAUGAUCGUGGAGGUCAACGCUCCCUCUGAUGAUGAAGAGGACAGUGAGGGUGGGCGAUGCGGCUCCAGCGGCAACAACAGCGCCCCUAGUGGCAGCCAGGAGGCAGAGCAGCCUCAGGGCCUGGGCCACGCAGAGGACGCCGCGGAGCACGAGCACAUGAAAGCGGUGCUGAGAACAAGCCUCGGCGGCUGCAACACAGAUGGGGGCGCGGUCCCAGGGCUUCGGACGCGGACCAGGUCUCGCCCCGGAAGAGGAGGUCGCAGCACGCAGGCGUGGACGCCGGCCGUGGAGGACGCCCAGAUCUGCGGAGACGACGCCGCAGACGAGAUCAUGGAGCGCAUCGUGAGGUCGGCCACUCAGGGGCCGGGAAGCAGGGCUCAGCCCGCGAGAGGAGAAGAUCCAGGGCCAACCGCAAGUCGUUGAGGCGGACUCUGAAGAACGGCCUGACCCCAGAAGAAGCUCUGGCUCUGGGACUAACUGACUCCCCUGAUCCUUAAAUGUGACUCUCUUUUCCUUCAGUGCUGCAGAAACACAAACACAUCUCCGCCGGCUGCCUGUCUUCACCUCACAACUUACCUGUUAUACUCCGCCCCAGAUUCCACCAGCUGCUAAUUUUGACUGAUGUGUCUGAGUGAUCCAGCUGCAGCCACGGUUGCGUUUUUAUUUCAAGAUAUAGAAAGCAUCGAUUGAAAUAAUAUGGAAGAAAAGAAAGAUAAUUCUUCGAAAGAAUAAAGAUUCAGUUCAGAUGCUGCGUCUUCCCUGAAUCUAAAAUGUUUUUUAUUUCUGUGAUGUCUCCAUGUUUUGCUUUUUUUAAGCUGUGAACUUUGAUUAUAAAGACAAAGCAACUGGACAGGUUUUUGUUUUAUUUCGUCAAAAGUCCUCCUCUUUUAUGGUUUGAAUGAAACAAAGAGGCUUACUAGAAACUAUCCUUUGUGAAAAUGCGAAUGUUUGCGUCUGCAGCUGCACGUUUGACAAGUGACGACUGUGUUUGUGCUUCGUAGAAAUGUGAACGGUUUAGAACCUGAUGUGUGCCUUUCAUUUCAAAAGGGAUGUUGCUGUUCCCUUUUAUUACCAGCGUUUUCAGUUGUGUUGCUCAUCUCCUACGACUCACAAAUGUCACAUUCAGAGAUGAAGUCACCCAGACGACGAGUUAUUUGCGCUAUUUUUAUUCAGAUAAAAUGGUUCUCUGUAUUUAUUUGCAGAUCUUUUGACAUCUUGCACCUUAUUCGGCAUUGAAUGAAUCAUGCUGAAAUGAACGACUGACUCAAAUCACAGGAGGAAAAGUUUUAUCUCAGAGGAACUGUUUGUAAAUUGUAAAAAGAAAAACACGCUACAGACUUUUAAACAUUUUUUGAAGGACGUGCAGAAUUUUCUGCAUAAAUGAUGUAAAUGCCCUUGUCAGCUGCCAGGUACUAUUUACUGUAGUACUACAAUGUGCAUGUUUAGUGCAUUACUUUUGUAAUUUUCUGUAGAAAUAUGUAUAAUAGUCUGACAGAAGAGGGGGGGGAGGCUGUUUGGACAUUUGCUUUGAGCUCUGUGGUCAUGUUGUACGAACUUGAACGGGUUGUGGAACAGUCUGGGUAAUCCAAUUAAUGUCACUACAUGGAUAUCAUGCAGUGAGCUGAACAUGAAACUAAGGUUACAUACUGUACACGUUCACCUGAGAUGCUGUGUAUACACGUUCUGCAAUAAAAACAAAAACCACUGA